AUGUCGGCACUGUGGUCCGGAUGGGGCGCAGACGCCUUUACCGAGCAGGUCGAGAAGGCUACCUCGGAACUGCUGCCCGUCGGCUCAGAAGACAUCGCCCUCAACCUCGAGAUCUGCGACCAGGUGCGUGCAAAACAGGUCCCAGCCAAGCAGGCUAUGCAGGUCCUCAAGCGCCGCGUCAGCCACAAGAACCCCAACGUCGUUCUCCUUGCUCUUGGACUCACAGAUAUUUGCAUCAAGAAUGGCGGCGACCACUUCCUCCAGGAAGUCGCAUCGCGCGAGUUUAUGGACAACCUCGUCUCCGUCCUUCGCAAUCCAUCCGGCGUCAACAACGACGUCAAGAACAAAGCCCUCGGCCUCAUCCAAAACUGGUCCCAGAUCGCGCAGGCAAAGCCUUCCCACAUGAGCUACAUCACCGACAUCUACAAGCAGCUCAAGAGCGAUGACAAUCUCGAUUUUCCUCCUCUCGAUCCCAACGCCACCGCAGCAGCAGCCCUUGUCGAAACCCUCACUGCGCCAGAGUGGGUUGACGGCGAAGUAUGCAUGCGUUGCCGUACCGCCUUCACUACUUUCAAUCGUAAGCAUCACUGUCGCAACUGCGGCAACGUCUUCUGUCAGCAAUGCUCCAGUCACAAUAUGGCACUGCCCUGGUUCGGCAUCGGUCAAGACGUGCGUGUCUGCGACGGCUGCUUUGCUCGAAAGGGGCCUCCCAAGAACGCUGCCAAGCUCUCACGCUCCAAGAGUGCCAGCUCUUCCUCUCCGUCAGCCUCCAGCAAGCACGUCCCAACCGGGCGCGGUGCAUCAUCGUCCUCGUCGCACCAACGCUCUGCCACCGUCGGCAGCAAGUCCAAGCGCAACGCUCGCCAAAAGGAGGAGGACGACAUUGCACUCGCCAUCAAGCUCUCACUCGAGGCAUCGGGUCAAGGUGCAGCUCAAGCUUCGCGUCCCGACACUUUCGCCACCCCUAGUCAACCCUCUGCUGCAUCCUCUACCGCGCAGAAAGCUCCCAACGGCCGUGUGCUUGAAGGCACCGACGCCGACGAUGACCCCGAUCUGGCUGCUGCUAUCGCUGCCAGCCUGCGCGACUGGGCACCUCCGCAGCCAAGUGCUCCCCUCGGUCUCAACGACACCGCGGGUGUUGUACCGACUUCCGCAACUUAUGCCAACGAAUCCGCAAGCUCGAAUCUGCCCUUGCCGCCCUCGCUCGACUUGGCACCACAAGAUGUCGACAACAUUCUCACCUUUUCCCAGACCGUCCGAGCGCAGCAGGCGCACAAUCAGCGCAGCGGCAUGGUAGGUGCGCUUCUACCACCAUCGGUACAAACAGCGUAUGAGAGAGCAUCCUCGUCAAGGCCACGCAUGGCUCGCAACCUCGAAGAAGGCCAUCGUCGUCACAAUGUGCUGGUUUCGAUGCACGAUAAGCUCACCGAGGCGGUGCGUCUCUACGACCAUUUGCUCGAUGCUCAGAUGACACGUCCUGCCCAGAGCUACGUUCCGAAUGGCUAUGCACAGGCCGACUAUCGCACCUCUGCACACCAGGGCUACGGAUAUGGAUACGAACAGUCUACACCAUCACAUGAAUCCGCAUACGCAGCCCAGCAUACCGCAUCUUCCUCCCUUUACCCACAAGCACCGCAGAUCCACGCCGAUCCACGGGCAGAUCCCCAAGGUACGCCUGCCCAGUGGCAUCCGCAGCAGCACCAGCAGCUGCAGUAUCAACAGCAAACUUAUCGACAAGACCCACAGCAAUACGCGACUCAACCUUCUCAGCCGCCAUUCGCGCCACACCAAACCCACCAGCAGCAGCACCUACAGCAGCAUCCAGAUCAGCAAUACCACCACUUCACGGCACCACAGUCAGCUAACAGCUACUCGAACGGCGUCUACUCCGAUCCGAACCAAGCGCUGUCGCCAGCGCCUGCAGCAGCUUCGGCGCAGUACGCACCUUAUGACUACUCGAGCGCACCGAUUGGCGGCGCUUCUGAUCCACAGGCAAAUGGCGCUGCAUGGACGGUCGGAGUUGGCUAUGCUGAAGUCAACGGAGCGCCGAGCAUGCCAUCUGCAGGACCGCCAGGAGCGCUCGGUUCAGGCCCUCUCUCGGUGCGGACAGAGGGCAUCAUGAGUGGUGCACCAUCCAAUGUCUCGGCGGUGGCGCCCCCCGAAGCGUCCGAGGCGAUAGAUGAUAGUCAAGGUGACGAAUCGCGCUCGUCUCGUUUGUCAGCAGACGCGUCGCUUUCGAGCCGCAACGGAUGGACCAAGGUGCCCAUCCAAGCAGUCGGGGCGCUUGCGCAGCAACCGAGCCCAACCUCGCAUGUUGAGCCCGCCUUGCAGCAUCAACAGCCGCAGCCGCAGCAAUACCAGCAGCAUCCUCCGCAGCAGCAGCGACAACAGCAAGCGCCUGUCAAGGCUGAUACGAGCUGUCUGCCUCUGUUCCCGGUAGCGCCUCAUCCGGACAAUGGAUUUGGAGCAGAUAGGAACGGGGCGGAGGCUGAAGCGACGUCGCCCUAUGCGAACGCGCCCUCGUCGGCGGGUAUGUGGCAGAGCUCGGCUGGCAAGAGUCCGGCGGGGGCUAACGCGGCGGCUACGGAAUCGCCGUUGAUCGAAUUCUGA